GUCUAUCCUGACAUUUGCACUAUCAGCCUUGUAGCAGUGAGCGAUGUGAAUAAACAUGCUGAUAGAAUUACUUUUUGGGAUAAUGUCUAUGGCUUCAACAUGUCCUGCAUGAAGAAAGCAGUUAUUCCAGAAGCUGUUGUGGAAGUUUUGGAUCCAAAUACUCUUAUUUCAGAACCUUGUGGUAUUAAGCAUAUAGAUUGCCAUACAACAUCUAUCUCAGAUUUGGAGUUUUCUUCAGAUUUUACUCUGAAAAUCACAAAGACGUCCAUGUGCACGGCAAUUGCUGGCUACUUUGAUAUAUAUUUUGAGAAGAACUGCCACAACAGGGUCGUCUUCUCUACGGGCCCCCAGAGUACCAAAACGCACUGGAAACAAACAGUAUUUCUAUUGGAAAAGCCAUUUUCAGUUAAAGCAGGUGAAGCCUUGAAAGGAAAGAUCACAGUUUACAAGAAUAAGAAAGAUCCACGUUCUCUCACUGUGAUCCUCACAUUGAAUAAUUCAACUCAAACUUACUUUCUCCAGUGAAAAAGCCACAAAAGCACAACUAACUUGCAAUUUUGAAUGUGGGAAUAGCGUGGGCCAGCGGGAGGGAGCAGGCUUUAUGUGAGCAAAUGGAUGAUGGAUUGGAUCCUUUCCUAGUGAAUCCUUGAUAAGAGAGAAGCACGUGGAAAUCUGAUGUGGUUCACCCGCAGAAGGGAACCAGCUGAUCCUCCCGGUCUACCUGCGUAAUCAUAUUCCUGGAAGUCUGCUCAGACAGAUUUAACCAACCCCUACACUGAGUUUAGCUAUAUUGAAAAUAAUUUAAAUUGGUCUAUAUUUGAAACAGAUUAUCUUUUGUUUUUAAUAAGUUUCUUACUAUAAAUUUUAAACAGUAGUAAUUGAUUAGGUAUUUGGCUAAUGUUUUAUUACACUAGUAACAAAAGGUAGUAUACAUUUUAUUGAAGAUUCCUCUCUGAGGAGUAGUAUUUAAUGUAUUCUUUGCUAGAAUAUCAGGAUAUAAUAAAGAGCAAGUGUAAGGGACUAAAAUACAGAAGGAAGCAUCAGCCUUCUCAUACAAAUCAUGUGUGAGGACAGCUUCGUUGAUCGACCUAUCUAGCAUACCUAGAGUUCUCAUUUUGUAGUUCCUUCCCUCUUUGUGAACAUUCUUUAGCCAUAUAGAUUUCUA